GCGUCGUUAGCUCAGGAACACAACUUGAACGAUGAAGAGAAAAGUUGGAGCCGCGAGAAACACAAUCAAAUGACGUCUUUGUCAUGACGCCGGCGUAAUGCCAUACAUUAGUAUAAAGUUGGACCAGUGAAGAGUUAAUUCGUUACUGGGUAGGUGAACACCCGUGGGAAAAGUUGUCAAUUUAAAGCCAAGUUCAAGCUAGCUUGGGUAGCUAGCUUGGGCUCAGGGCGACUUGUGUCAACCUCAGACACGCUCGGAGAAAACUAUUGAACGACAGAAGUGAAACUUUGUGAACACUGAAGUCGGCAAAGGAAGACGAGAAUGUCGGAGCUAAGCGACGAGGCGAGUGAGUCCGAGCAGCUGGGGGCGAGUCUCUCGCUGUGGCUGGGAGAGUCCCUGGUGAGCGCCGAGGAGCUGGACGUCCCUCUGGACCUGCACACCGCCUGCUCCAUCGGACAGUACGACGUGGUGGCGGAGUGCAUUCAAAGGCGCGAGGUGGACCUAAACGGGAAGAACGUCGGAGGAUGGACGGCCCUGAUGUACGCAUCGUACAUCGGCCACGACAACAUCGCCAAUCUCUUGCUGGAGGCGGGUGUGAACGUCAACGCCACCACAGCGAAAGGACAGACCCCCUUGAUGCUGGCGGCCAGCUGUGGGAAUGAAAGCAUCGCCUACUUUCUGCUCCAUCAAGGUGCGGAGUUGGAGGUGAAGGACUCCCGGGGCUGUACGGCUCUUUUCCAUUGUACAAGCGCGGGUCACCAGCAGAUGGUGAAGUUCCUGCUCGAUAACAACGCAGAUGCCAACGUGAGGGAGCCUGGGUCUGGAUUUACUCCCCUGAUGGAGGCCGCCGCUUCUGGACACGAAAUCAUCGUUCAGUACCUGCUCGAUCACAAGGUGAAAGCGGACGAGCGCAACGCCAAAGGAGAGACGGCCCGAGCCCUCGCCAUGUUGUACGGCUACACCAAGAUCGCCAGCCUCAUUGACUCGCAUGCUCCGAGGAACAAAGCCGGACACUUUGAAGACCUCAGCUCCUCCGAGGACUCCGACAGCGCCCCGCCGAGGCCGCGAGCGAGCCGCAGCCGUGCGAAAGGCGUCAGCAUCCACGACGGGCCCCAGGCCAUCGCCAAGUUCCGAGUCGGAGGCACCGGCCGGGCCGGAGGACAGAACGAGCCUCGCGCCGCGUCGGCCGGCUACGACACGUUCAGCAAUAUCGGCGAGCAGAGCGACGGCAUCCGCUAUCGCGACGUGACCUCGCCCAUCAAUGAGCUGGACGGGCAGAGUAACAGCAGCAGAGAUGACAGCCCGUUCUUUGACAACGACAUGCCCACCAUGAGGAGCAGCAGUAGCAGCAGCGAAGGUCUACCUCACGUGAUCGGCUGGGAAGGCUCCGUGGAGAGCAACGAGGACUCCGACCAGUCCAAAAAGAGCAGCUCCCGUCGAGUAACUAAGGCUCAUCACUCCAAAGGCAAAAGUCGCCAUGCUGGAAACGACGUCACAGUGCACAUUGGAGCUCCGGGGAUGUGCUCGCAUGUUCCGUCGUCCUACAGUGGUCCAAAGGAUCUGGCCGAGUUCUUGGAACAACUUGGCUUCUCAAAGUAUCUGCCUUUACUUGACGAGCAAGACAUUGAUCUACGCAUUUUUCUUACCCUGACUGAGAAUGACCUGAAGGAAAUUGGGAUCACGUUGUUUGGUCCGAAGCGCAAGAUGACCUCAGCGAUCGCAAGGUGGCACAGCAGCGCUCGACCUCCCAGCGACGCUCUGGAGCAGUCUUACGCUGACCAGCUGGAGGCCGAGAUGCAGGAGAUGGCCAUUCAGCUGCACAAACGCUGUGAGGAGGUGGAGGGCCUGCAGAGUCAGGUGUCGCAGGAGAAGGAGCUGCGUACGGUGAUGGAGGGAUGCCUGAUGGAGGACAAGAUGGCCUGGAGGAGGGUCCACGGCGAGCUGGUGGAGAACCACCGUCUGACCCAGGACAUGAGCGCCACGUCGGCGAAGGUCCGGUCGUGUUGCUCGGAACUGCUCGCCUUGUUGAACGGAGGUCAAACGAAAAGUGACGCAGCAUCCGACCUUGUGAAGAAACUCAACUCGUACGAAGAAGAACUGGCGAACACUUUGCAAACCGUGCUUCAGAGUCUGAGGCGACUGAGCGCUCCCGAAAAAGUGGCAGAGAGUUGGGAAAGGCCGUAAUUUUCCAGUGGCUUCUGCAGUAAUGACGGAGGGUGAAAUGACCACCCUAAACAAUGCCAGGGGGAGACCAGGCCAGACGCAGCCCACCCGGACGGACCGGAGCUCGCCAGAUGCGGCCGAUGCCCGAGGGCCCCGUGACAAGCAGGCGGGCACGUGACCCUCAUGCGCUUGCGUUGGUCAGCAUGGUUCUCGACUGCGGAAAUGCUGUGAAAUAGUUUCUCGGUUAGCGGUGGGCAAAGGAUGAUAGCCGGCGGGCCGCACGCAGCCCCGUUCUGUUCUUUAAUUUGGCCCACCGAGCGUUUACGUGAUCAAGAGUUAGUGCAUUCGUGUGUUUCAUUUUUACUUAAAUUGGUCAAUUCAAAAGAAUCUAGUUUUUUUUAAUUAAAAAAUUAUCAAUGAAAUAAAAAAAAAAAAACAGUAAAAUAAGCAAAAACAUUUUAUAAAUUCCUUGGUUAAUAAUUAACUUAUACAAAAAAAUAUUUAAAUGAGCAUGAAUUGCAUUAUUUUACAUACACAUUUUUUUAAGAUUUAUGUUUUAUCUCAUCUACGAAUGAGCUUGUUGAUCUAUUUAAAUUUUUUUUUGUAGGUUUGGCAAUGUCCUGCUGAAUGUAUUCUUAACAAAAAUCUAAUUGUCAUAUCAUUGUGAAAGGUGUGUUAAGAAAAUAAAUGUUUCA